GGCGGCCAUGCAGUCGAUCCCACAGGUCAUCGUGCGAGCGCCCUCGAGCGGUCCUGGCGGCACGAUGCUGCAGUCAGAUGGCACCCUAUCGGCCAUGGACCGCAGCGAUUCCUCGAUGUCGGCACACUCGCUGUCACAAGUAGAAGAAGGCCUGAGCGAAGAGAAGCUGUACGGGCAAGAACUAGAGACUCCGACAGAAGUAUCGCCUACCUAUAGACGAGACUCGAAGCACAGGGCAGCGGCAUCGGCAGCACUGCCUCUCGAACAACACAGCAAGGCGCGACCGAAUCCUUUGCCGGCCUGGCUCUUGAUCAUCAUAUGGAUCAGCCUCUCUAGCGGGGUCAUCGUCUACAAUCGUUACAUACUUCGUGAUCUCGAUUUUCCUUACCCCAUCUUUCUGACGGCCAUGCACACGCUCUUUCAGACCAUCGCAACGCGCAUCAUUGUACCGCACUCAGACGUAGCAGAAGAUCACCUACCUGUACCACUAUCGGAAGCCGAAGCAGAGGACCAGAGCGCAGAGAGCAGCCUUGCCAGUCUCAAGCGCGUCACCGUCUCGCUCAUCAACACGACUUACUAUCGCACUGUCGUCCCCAUUGGCGUUCUGACCGCACUGUCACUCUAUCUAUCAAACGCAGUCUAUAUGCUGCUCAGCGUUGGCAUGAUACAGAUCCUCAAGAGCUUCGGACCCGUUGCAGUUCUGACAAUGUCGAUCCUACUCGGCCUCAGACGCGCCGAUCUACUGACGAUGGGCAUCAUUGCGCUGAUCAGCACAGGCGUCGGCAUCGCAAGCUACGGCGAAGCCCAAUGGAACACCCUCGGAUUCGUCAUGCAGAUUUCUGCAGUCUGGAUCGAGAGCACCAAGCUAGCCCUUAUUCAGAUCUUGCUGCAGGGCAAGGGACUCACCCCGCUCGAGUCGCUGCAUGCCUUUUCGCCGAUCUGUUUGCUCGCGCUGGGCGCGAUGAUACUGCCUGUCGAAGGCACGGCGCCUUUCCACAGUCUGAGCAAUCUGGGUCCUUUCAUCAUCCUGACCAACUCGGCACUGACAUUCUGUCUCAAUCUCACGAGCAAUUAUCUUAUCAAUCUAUCCAGUCUCACACUAUCGCUGAGCAAAGUCAUCAAGGACAUCGGACUGGUCAUCCUGUCUGGCGUCUUCCUAUCCGGUCAUGUCUCGGCAGUGCAAUGGGCGGGCUAUUCGAUCGCGCUCGUUGGCCUUGGCUGGUAAGCUCAUUUCUGCACUUGCCCGACACGAGACGGAUGACGUGCAUGCAGCUACAAGAAGUUUGGCUAGCUCUAGUCUGAGUCUACAGUCUGCGGUCGAUCUACCCCGGAC